CGAUGAUACGGUUCUUGAGGGUGACAUCGCGGAUGCAGAGCGGUCGGAAAAGGGUGGGGGUUUCGGGGCCUGGGUUAACAGCUGCACCGGGGUUGUUGACGGGCGUGUAGUAUGGUAUCUUGGGCGCCCCGAUAGCGCGCGGUGACUGAAAUGAGGAACCCAUUGUGGCUAGUUGUUGAUGGGUUGUUAUCAUGGGCUGUGCUGCGCAAUUUGUCUUUUUCUUUGUUGUUAAUGGAACAUCACCGACGGAUGGAGCAUCCGGGGAUGUGCUCGGCUGGAGAUCACCUGGAGCUCGAUUCGUAACCGCCUUGCCAAUAUUCAUUUGUUUUGCCUCGGAGUAUACGGAAUAUAGUCUUCGGCCGGCGCUAGUACUGUGGUCCAGAGGAGUGACAAAUGUCGAAGCAAGGCUAUAGAAGUUCCUAGGAAUCAGCGACUCUGACGGUUCUGAAGGUCAUAUCCCCGGAAAGGGCCUACAAAGCAUUGCAUCCGCAGAUCCUCCCAAGCACAGCUAUUCCGGGGACCGCUAGCGAGGGGUCCACUCAACGCGGUCAGAUUAUGACUUUAGAAUCUGCAUUUGUCAAAUGCAAAUGAAACCUAUGUCAAGAGUGUAAUGAGUAUCCUCUACUGGUCCUUCCUACAGCAAUCGUUCCACAGACAGUCUCAUAGAUACGCACUCCAAUGAUCGAAUCACCGUGUCAGGUGCACAUCCCUCAUACGGAUGUUGCCUCCUUUGUCUUCAACUCAGGAACUGCGAGUUCGCGCGAGUCACCAC